CGCCCGGGGGAGGCUGGCGCAGGGCUCGUGUAAUGGAGGCGGCUGGAAGACACGUGACGUGACUGCAGCCGGGGCAGGGUAACGAUUCAUCAUUAAUCAAGAUGUCCUCAGCACCUGAGCCCCCAAACAUUAAAAAAGAAGCACCCAAAGAGAAAGACAGUCGAAUUCCAGGACUCAGGGGUGUCCGUACAACCACCCUGUUCCGAGCUGUGAAUCCAGAGCUUUUCAUUAAACCUAACAAACCUGUUAUGGCUUUUGGACUCAUAACAAUUACCCUGUGUGUGGCCUACAUUGGUUAUUUACAUGCAACACAGGAGAAUAAAAAGGACCUCUAUGAAGCUGUUGACAGUGAAGGAGCCAGGUAUAUGAGGAGGAAGACUUCCAAGUGGGAUUAAAGAAGCUGCUUAAUAACGGAGAAGGAAAGAGGAGUAAUUGGCAAUGUAGGCAUCUGAAUUGUUAAUGUUAAAUUAGGUGUCUGCU